AUGGUUCCAUCAGGAGGCGGAGCUUUCAUUCACCUGUUCAAUGGUUGUGGUUCUCAGAGCCUAAAGGAGGCGGAGCUGCAGCCGGGGGAGCCAAUGGCAGUGCAGCAGGAAGUCCUUCAGAGGGAAAGACUGAUUAUUAUUGUAUAUAAUAUAUUAUUAUUGAUUUCUGUCUCCUCAGCUCCUCCGGUUCCGGUGCAGCCGUCGGCGGCAGCGUUGAGAUCUGCGGGCAGAGAAGCCCCGCCCCCUCCUCCGUACAGGACACAUGAUGAUUUUGAGUCCAAGUAUUCGUUCCAUCCUCUGGACGACUUCCCUCCUCCAGAAGAGUACCGACACUUUGCCAAGAUCUACCCCAGCAAGGCCAACAGAGUGAUGAGAGGAGCUCCUCCACUGCCUCCUGUUGGGAGGUGAAGGGCUGCAACACACACACACACACACACACACACACACACAGAGACACACACAGACACAGCCCCCCUCCGUUCUGUGUGAUGACAUCAUUGUGCAGCCUCCAGCCUCCCUCGCCGCCUCGUUUACGCUCACAGCUGAUUGUUGGAGGAGAGGAAUGUGAUGAAAACGUUCAUCUACAGCUUCUUCUUUUUCUCUGGACAGCAUGAACAACUUUAGAUGUUUUAGUUCUCUUUUUGCACUUGCACUUUUUGUUUGCGAGACCUACGAGCGAGGUGAAGGAAGGAAGAAGAGGAACAAAUGCUGCUGGACUUCAGUGAUUGAGUUCUCCUGGAUGGAGGGAUGACAAACAGAAAAUGAAGGAGUGUGUUCCUCUCUUUCUGUGUCAGACCAUCAGUUCACAGCUGCAGACGAAAGCCACAAACUGUAAACUGUCGCAGGUUCAAAGGAGGCAUCAUUUUAAAAGUCUUAAUAUUAUGAGAGUUAAGUUUUACUUUGUUACUAAUUUACAAAACUAUUACACUAUAUUACAAAUAUCAAGACUUCCUGAUAAACAUAACGGAGUCACCUGUUGGUCUGUGGACUGCUGUUCUGAAGCCUUUGAGGCAUUUUGGACAUGGCCAUCUUGGUUUUUGGGAACCAGAAGUGGCCGUAUUUGGACAAAAAGGCAGAGCUGGGGAGGAUGACACAGCCAAGCCAGUUAUGGUUGUCAUGGCGCUGUGCUAAGCUAAAUGCUAAAAAAAGGGAAAGUUGCUGAUUUUCGACCCUUCUGAAGCGAGGCAACCAGCGGAGAUUUAAGAGCAACAUGUCCAAGGUAACUCUACUGAAGUGAGAAGGUCAAAGGUUAAGAUGUAAACAGGGACAACAGCCACUAACAACUUGAGUCUAUUUUGAAUGUCCCCAGGUUAGCAUUGGUUAGCAUCGCAAAGCCUCUGCUCUGAUUGACAGGUCCUAAAGCGUCCCCUGCUUUAUCCUCUAUUUAACAAUAAAUGGGAGCAUCGUUUACUAGAUGAACAUUAUGCUGUAUAGAAGAAGACUUGAAACCAGCGACUGAGACCAUGAACUCAUUAUAAAAAUGUUUUGCGUGUAAAUACUUCCCCUGCAUCAUCAGCGCUUUAUUUUGGCGGGGCGUGGCCUCCGAGAGUCUUUAAGUGCCAAGAUGGACGA